UAGGCGAUUCGACGAUUCUAAGUUUUGAACUUGAACACAAGUUUAAAGGCUCAACUAGUAGCGUCAACGAUUGCCGGUCAAGUUUUAUUGAUUUGAGACUCGUAUUUCAGAAAAAAACAUCUUUUAGCUAGUGUAAAAUGGCAAGCUCGUCUCGAAGUGUACCCGAUGAUUUAGAUUCAACAGUCCUCAGACAUCAGGUUCAAAGAUAUUUUAAUGAAUUGAUCCAAGAAGGACCUCUUAAUAUGGAAUUUUUAAGUAUGAAGAGAAAACCAGCCAGUAGUGCUGUCACUACAGCUAUGCGGACUUCUACAUUUGAUUCCCACCUCCCCAAGAAAAUGUGCUUUGAUUCUAGCGUUGCAGAAGAAAUUUCUGUUACAGCAGACUCUUCGUCUUUUGCAAGAAAAGGUGUAGCUGAUUCCUACAGUCAAUCAUAUAAUAAGCCAACAAAGGUAGACAUGACAGCUCAGUAUGAACAAAAACUUUCAGAGAAGCAGGCAAAAGUUCUUGAAUUGCAACAGAAAAUUAUUCAGACUGAAAUGAAAUUUAAUACUUUACUGACAACAAAGGAUCAACUUGAUCAUGAUCUAUCAAACCUUAAAGAUACUUGUAGAACAAAAGUCAAGCACUAUGAAGAUAAAAUUGAAAACCUUCAGAUUGAAAUCAAGCAACUUCAUUUGAAAAAUGACCGUCUUGCUAAAGAAAACAUAUUUACAAAAGAAGCAAUGGACCAACUUAAGUUAGCAUGUGCCGAAGAAAAGAUAUCUUGUAACAAAGAACUAUCCAGAGUAGAACAGAAAAUGAUUGACAUGCAACUAGAAUGUGAAGAUAAAAUCCGUGGAUUAGAAAAAAACUUGGAAAAAGCCCUGUGGGAGGCAAAUAAACAUCAAAUGGAGGCUGAGGAGGCAAAAAAUCAAUUGAAACUGAAAGAAAGGGUGGCCAGCUCGCCAUCCGAUCACAUAACAGUUAUUGAACAGCAGAGACAAGUAAUACUGGAAAUGGAAAAUGCGUUGUUUGCCCAAAGAGCAACUUUUUCACAAUCACAAGAAGCAAAACUUACAAGAAUACCUCAGUUAGAAAAAGAGCUUGCACAUUUGCAUGCUACCAAUCAACUAUAUCGGGAAACUGCUGCAAAUGAAUUGCUGCUAAAGGAGCAAAUAUCGGCUUUGCAGGAAAGUGUCCAAAGGUACAAAGACCAAUGUCAAGCCAUUCCUGAUCUACAGGGUGAGUUGAAGAAAAUGGCCUCUCACCUCCGAGAAUGGGAAUCCAUGGCAGGACGCUUAUUUGAUGCAAAUAGUCUCGCUCAAGUUCAAGCUCAGGUGGAAAAUAUGCGGAGAAAAGAACUCAAGCUGGUUGAUGAUAUUGGUAAUCUACAAAUAGAGCUAAACUCGUUGAAUAGGAAAAAUUUAACUUUACGUGACAAAAUUGAAGCCCUCAAUGAUGUAUCAAAAACAAAAUUAGAUCUCGAAGACCGCGUGAGGAAACUCGAGAGGAAAUUAAUUGUGGUUCAAAAAGAUCGCGAUCAUUACCGAACGAUUAAUGAAAUGUAUGAAAAUGAGAUGACACGAGUUGGAGGUCCAGCAACAGUUUCAAUGGAGACCAAGCAAAUCAACGAGUUAGAACGGCUUUUGGAGGAAUAUCGAGAAUUAGUUUCAAUGGCUGAUACCUCGCCAAAGGCUAACCAGGAAACUGUCACCAAAUUAAACCAGGAAAAAGAACAAUUGACGAAGGAAGUUGCUGAAUUGAACCUGACCAUCAAACAUUUAAAGGCUCAAUUAGAGUUCGCCGAGUCGAGGGGGAUAGCUUCUGACACUCGAAUUCUCCACUUCACCAACAAUCCACUGGAUAAUGUUCGGCGCAAAACAUUAGAACAGCUUUCUCAGCUAGAGAAAGAAAACGAAUCACUACGAGAAAGAGUUCGCUUGAUGGAAGCAGGUUAUUCCCAGAAUCUUACUCUGUUAGUUGAAGAUCACUUUGAACAAGGAUGUACACCCGAACGCUUCAGAGAGCUAGAAGAAAAACUCAAGUCGAGUGAAAUGAAGAAUCAACGAAUGGAGGAAGUUUUCCGUAAAUAUUGCUCUGACUUCCGGCGUGGCAUAUUUGAACUGUUUGGUUAUCAAGUUGAUAACGACGAAUGCGGCAAUUUUAAACUCACGUCUGUGUUUUCCGAAUCAAGCGCAGAUUAUCUCUCUUUUAAAUACGUUGGCGACGGCCUGAUGGUUAUGGAUAGUCCAUACCUUCACACCAUUGAUGAUUUAGUUCAGCUUCACAUCAAUAACCAAAAGUCUAUCCCUGUCUUCUUGUCUGCGCUCACAGUUGAGCUUUACUCUCGUCAGUCUAUCAACUCAUCCGCCUAUCCAUCAGUCAUGGCUACUCCAAGCUGAACUUAUACUUCGUAAGAAUAUAUUUGUUAAAAAGGUUCCAAACGUGAAAUAAAUAGAUUACCUUA